CCUCCCUCCAGUCCUCCACCCACUCCAAAUCAAAACCCUCACCGUCGCCCCCCUUCCUCGUUCCUUCCUCCCCUCCACCGAGCGCCGCGGCCAUGGACAGGGAAGCGUUACUCGGCGCCGGCAUGAACCUUCUGCAGGCCUUCAUGGAGAACAACGACCUCGGCGUCAGCAUGAGGACUGCGCGGUCGCUCAUGGCGCGCAGCGGCGUGGAUGCUCAGAUGCCGGACCACAGCGUCAAUCUGUUUAUCCACGCCGCGCACGAGUACAUCCCAACGCCGCCCGUAUCCCUCGCCGCCCCUCUUGCUCUCUCCGGCGCGUCGUGGGUCCCCGACGGCGUCGACCGCAUCAGCCGCCUCCCCGAUGUGGUCCUCGACUCCUCGUCAACAUCGUCUCCCGCCUGCCCACCAAGGACGCCACGCGCACUGCCGUUAUCUCCUCCCGCUGGCGCCCCCUCUGGGGCUCGGCGCCCCUCGUCCUCGUCGACGGUCACUUGCUUCCUGCCGCCUCUCCACGCGCAGUCACCGCCACCGUGUCCCGCGUCCUCGCCGCGCAUCCGGGCCCCUUCCGCUACGUCCACCUCGCCUGCAGCAACAUGGACGAGCACCGGAACAAGCUGGAGCGCUGGUUCGUCCUCCUCGCCGCCAAGGGCGUCCAAGAGCUCAUCUUUCUUAACCGCCCGUUGCCAAUUGACCUGCGCCUCCCUGCCACGCUCUUCAGCUGCGCCUCUCUCACACGCCUCUACCUCGGCUUCUGGAGGCUCCCGGACACUGCCGCCGUCCCGCGCGCCGCCACUUUCCUCAACCUCCGGGAGCUCGGCCUCUGCUUCACUAUCAUGGAUGACCGUGAUCUCGCCUUCAUGCUUGAAAGAAGCCCCGUCCUGGAGAUCCUCACCAUCAUUGGAACUGGAAACCAGAGCGGAGUGCGCCUCCGCCUCGUCAGCCACAGCCUGCGGUGCGUCCUGCUGGCCCUUGCCCACUUGGAGGACAUCAACGUGGUGGAUGCCCCUCAUCUGGAGAGGCUCUUGCCAUGGGAUGUUGGCCAGCAUCACGCUAGUAUGAUUUGGGGUAAGAAGUGCCGCUCAAGGAUCAAGAUUGGCCAUGCACCCAACCUGCGCCUGCUGGGAUACCUUGAGCCAGGAGAUAAUGAGAUUGAGAUUAGCAACACCGUCAUGGCGGCUGGAACCAAGGAGAACAUUGUCCCUUCUGUCAAGAUCUUGGCCAUGCUGGUGCGAUUUGGAGUACGCAAUGCUCUCAAGAAGGUGCCUGGCUACCUCAGAUGUUUCCCAAACCUCGAGACGCUCCAUGUCCAGUCCCGGAAAGAUGAUGAGCCCAGUGGCAAGGUCAAUUUAAAGUUCUGGCAGGAGGGCGGUCCAAUCAAAUGUGUCCUUCAGACCAUGUUUUUCUAUGAGUUCCGAGGGUCGAGAAGCGAGGUUGCUUUCCUCAAGUUCAUCGUCGAGAGAGCUCAGGUGCUCGAGAGGAUGGUUAUUCUGGUGGCCAGUGAAUGUUUCUCUUCAGGGGAAGAUGUGAAUGGCAAAGUGAAGCCUCUGACCAGUGCAAAAUGGAACAGUAAAGUUUGUAAACUUGAAAUCUGCAAGAGCCCAUUAGUGAAGGGGGCGAUACAGGUUUUAGGCACCAACUAGGAACUGAUUUUUCGUGUCCUGACCCUUUUGUCCAGGUCAACUAUCAGGAAGAUUCUGGAAGUGUUGAACUUAAUCAGUAGCACCUUGCCUCUAGCCCAUCGAAGACUACUCGUACCCAGAUUUUCUUUUAUCAAACUUGGCAGGGCUAAAUACCUGCAUUCAUGUGAUUUCUAUAUCAAGCUGCGGCAUGCUUUCAUUGAUUGGUAUUGCGUUAGCCAAAUUUGUGUUGAUCGAGUAUUUUGUGGCUGGAUGCUGGUGGAGUAACAUCAAUGUAAACAAUAUUAGCUAUGACAAUGUUUUGUAUCAGUCACAUGCAUUUUCCUUCGAUAUAUGCCCCCUGGAAAGUCUGUUCUGUUCUUUCUUCA